CGCACCUUAUCUCAUGAGAACGAUAUUUAUUAUCUCAGUGCAAUCAUGAUGGGUGCCUCAUGGAUAUCCUUCAUAGGUGUCUACCCUUGCUCUUGCAAAAAGAACUAUCUUUUUCAGAGUAUGAUCUUGACUUGGUGCUGCUGUAGCUUAGACUUUCUGUAUAAGCUUGGAUUCAAUUACCUUCCGUCUUAGAGAGAACUUUGGGUAGCAAGAACUACCAUCGAAUUCCUUGGGGUCCCUGUUUAGAAUAAGAAGAUUACUAUUUGGCUUUGGAGGCUGCACUUAAUUUUAGUUACAACUCGUUCAUAUUGUUGUAGUUCUAGUUCAUGCUGGAAGUUAUUCGGCCGUUUGCGUCGCUUCAAAGAAAAAUUGAGAGGUUUCUUUAUCUCUGGCUGCCACGUCCGUCUGUGACUCGCGAGCACGUCUGCCUCUUCCACCAGCACAACGCUGCAGCGAAGAAUAGGAUCCCAUCAAUCUACUGACAGUGUUCCGCUUUCGUAUUCGUGUCGCAGAAGCACAGCGAACGCCUAAGCGAAGAGGACGAGGAACAGCCGUCUGAAAAAUAAACGUCAGCGGAAGUAGGACACCGCCACCAACUACGAGCAGGGUGUGGUCUAUUCAGCGAUCCAGGCUUGAUCCAAGCAGUGGACGUCUUUCGGACGACGGUGGACGACGGCAGCCGUGCUGGAAAGCUGGAGAAAAGGACUAGUCGCAGUCCACCACAGCUCCGGUGGAAAGGCCUAGACACAACAUCAAUCCUUCGGACUUACAUACUUGCGGAUACAGCCGAGCACUAGCGUUAGAGCGUACCCGUGUGUCGAAGAAUCGAAUCAGCUAGAAUGGGCUGCUGUCGAUCUGGGGUCGAUAGGUACGCUUCACAAGAGAAUGAAGAGGAGGCGACGCCGCAUAAUGGCCGCACCGUUGGAGACAAUACAGAUGACGAUAACAACAUAGUUUUCUCCAUGACGCCAGUUGCUGUUGCUGCGCCAGCGAUCAUGAGUAGCCCCUUGACUCCGCAGAGCCUAGUGGCGCGGAGUAGUGUCGUCUCGAGUUACCUGGAGGUAAAUAUUUAUACCUAACAAGAUUUCGGGACUUAUUUGCAGUUAGAGGGGGAUCUGAAGAUGAUGCCAUCAUGAUGGUGCUGCUCAUCAUUUUUACUAUUCGUAUACCAGCCUUUUCUUUCUUACGAUGAUGUCGUUAUGAUCUUUACUGGCGACUGAUUACCACUAUGACAACGAACAGUCUUCUCAAGAACUUCGACUUGUGCUUUUGUUGAUAGCAGCACACAAAUAUCUCCGAAACAUCAUACAACCAGCCGCCAAGAGUACGGGAUAUGUCGAAAGUCAAAGCGACGAUAAAGGAGGCUCUUUUCCUUGGGAAAAAACAUCAGUACGACGAAGCAUACGCGCUGUUAGACGAUCAGCCCGACUGCCAAGAGGUAGUAGUUUUGUUCAAAGUCUUAGACGACGCUUGAUAUGGAUGAAUUUACAACUGACUGGUCCCCGCUUUUUAUUUCAUAGUGCUCCAACAAGCAAACAAGACACCAGCAGGUAGAAACGGCAAGGGAAGUGCUGGCGAUUUGCGAAGCGCAUCAUAAAGAGCAGCCGUCCACACAGCUAAUGCUAGCAUCAUAGCGAGAGCACUGAGGUCCCACGUGUUUUCAACAUUUCGAAUUUACUCUACUUGAUAUGGUUGAUGGUUGGUGCGCAGUGAUCUUUUUUUCUUGAAAAAGGUUUGCGCGAUUGCGAUGAACGCAAAUGAAUCAAGUGAGAAUGAAUUUGAAUGGGGCAAGAAUCAAAUCUUCUAACAUGUAAUGGCAUGGGUACCUUUGACCACCUUUAUUACUUUUUAAUCACAACUCCACUUUUUAUCGACAUCAACAACGAGAAAGCGAGUACUACGAUGCACGUAGUUCUUCUUCUUAGACAUCCCAUUCCGAUUUUCAAUUUUCUUUUUGGAAAAUAACGAUUUUCCGUAUAAUGUUGACCUCACACUCUACUUUGUCGACUUGCGGCGUCCCUGCAGC